UCCUUAGAGUACAGACCAGUGAUGUACCACAUGUACCAAAUGAACUGUGCAGUGUGGCUACACAGACUGAAGACUACGGAUGUGUCAAUCACUGUACCUCAAUGUAUGUGGACAAUGAACGACAAAUGGAAAAUAGAGAUAGCGAAAGCAACGAAAUAAGAGAAGACGUAAAUGAUGAUGAUACGAUUGAUGUCAAUGAGCAGAACACGUUUAAUAACACUGAUGUUAACGASAACCUUGAUGAGGUUAGUGAAGACUAUGAGGUGGAUGAGUCAUUGAGUACCAUAGUUACCAAGAUGAAAGAAAGGAAGGAGCUUGUACCAAAUGUACAAACUAAGCACAAAAGUAAUACCAAGACUUAUGCCUGUUCUUACUGCAGUAGAACAUUUAAGUGGAAAAGCGUACUUGAUAUUCAUCUACGAACACAUACCGGUGAAAAGCCAUACCGAUGUUUGCAUUGCGAAAAGGCAUUUACAUUGAAAAGUAGUCUCGUUAUUCAUCUACGAAUACAUACAGGUGAAAAGCCAUAUGAAUGUUCGUACUGUGAUAAAGCAUUUAGUACGAAAACAAGAUUGAAAACCCAUGUACGAACACAUACCGGUGAAAAGCCAUAUSAAUGUUCGUAUUGUGAUAAAGCAUUUUCACACUCUUUUUCUCUCAAUCGCCAUCACCUAAGAUCACAUCCCGGUGAAAUGCCCUUUGAAUGCUCGUAUUGUGAUAAGGCAUUUAUUUCGAAAACGAAAUUGAAAAUCCAUGUACGAACACAUACCGGUGAAAAGCCAUAUGAAGGUUCGUACUGUGAUAAAGCAUUUUCUGCGACAACAAGAUUGAGAAUCCAUCUACGAACACAUACCGGWGAAAAGCCAUUGAAAUGUUCGUAUUGUGAUAAAGCAUUUAUUACGAAAGCGAAAUUGGAUAUCCAUGUACGAACACAUACCGGUGAAAAACCAUAUGAGUGUUUGUAUUGUGAUAAAGCAUUUGCACGGAAAGAGAAUAUGAAUAGCCAUCUACGAACACAUACCGGUGAAAAGCCAUUUAACUGUUCGUAUUGUGAUAAAGCAUUUGCACAGAAAACGUAUAUGAAUAGCCAUCUACGAACACAUACCGGUGAAAAGCCAUUUAAUUGUUUGUAUUGUGACAAAGCAUUUUCACAGAAAACGUAUAUGAAUAGCCAUCUACGAACACAUACCGGUGAAAAGCCA